AGUCCAUCGCAGGGGCCAAGCAACAAGCAUGCUCGGGAGAUCUCCGCUCCUCUCUCUGUUCUUGCUGCGGCUGUUGGGCUGGGGGGCUGCCCUGCCCCGUUCGCAGCUCUUCCUCUUUGGGGGGUCCCCAGGGGACCAGGAGCUGCCCGAAGGAGACGACGAGACCUCGGUGCCCGCGCCCUUGCCCAGCCCGCUGCUUUUCUACGAGACCCACUUCAGUCAGCUCUACGUUGGAACCAAUGGGAUCAUUUCAACUCAGGACUUCCCCAGAGAGACCCAGUAUGUGGACGAUGAUUUCCCGACAGAUUUCCCUGCCAUUGCUCCAUUUCUCUCAGAUAUUGACACCAGCCACGGACGAGGUAAAAUCUAUUACCGGCUGGAUGAUUCCAGAGAAGUCUUGGAGCAGGCGGCUCACUUUAUCCAAGCUGGAUUUCCCACAGCCACUACCUUUGUCCCGCAUCAUGCCUUCAUUGUCACCUGGAAGGAUGUAGGAGCCUAUGAAGAGGUCACCCGCAGCUCUGCACCCUCCAAACAG